AUGGUGGUACUUGGAUUCAACGAGUUCAUGACUCUUUUAAGGAAUCCUUUAUGGCUGCUUGUUAUAUUCGUAAGCUACCUUCUUGCAAAAGCUUUAUGGGUCCAACUAGACAUAUAUGGUGAAUUCCAAAAUGGCGCUUUGGUUCUAUUAAGAACCGCUUACAGAAUGCAACCUACUUCCUUGUCUGCAGACUAUGGAUCUGGUAGGUGGACCCCAGAAGAUUUUUCACAAAAUCUCACAGUCAUAUACUGUGUUUGGGAGAAGAUGCGUGCAAUUGAAAGCUAUCUUAUAGAAAAUGGAAUUGUGAAAACAUAUGAAGAUCUGAAUUUAGACAGAGUGAAGUAUCUUGGAAUUGUGGUGGAUAGUGAUGAAGCCCGUGAAACCUCAAAAGUUAUUGAACUUUUGGAGUGGCUUUCAGAUGUUGGUGUGAAAAUGUAUAUUAAGUUUUGUAAAAAUGUAACUUUGUGCAGUUUCUAUGGGUAUUUACUUAAAGUGUGGAUACAAGGAAACAAAGCUACAACUGUGAAGCCUUAUAACUUGCUAGGACAUGCUAUAACUUUUAGCAGUCCACACCGACAAAGUUGGCUGGAGAAAAGUACUUCCUCCAGUCAGGGCAGCUAAUGUUCAAGUCAUUAUUUGUUCAUUAAAUCAAGUGUUGAUGACGAUUGUCGAAGAUUAAAGAAAAAAAUAGAAAAAAU